AUGGCGUCGAGGGAUCCGUUGAUCCUCGGGAGGAUCGUCGGCGACGUAGUUGACUACUUCGACGCGUCUGCGUGGCUGAGGGUGCUGUACGGCGACCGCGAGAUCACCGUCGGGUCCGAGCUGAGGCCGUCGCAGGUGGCCAGCCCGCCGACGGUGCGGAUCACGGGGCGCCCCGGAUCACUCUACACGCUCGUGAUGGUAGACCCUGAUGCGCCUACCCCAACCGACCCUUCCAAUAGGGAGUACCUCCAUUGGUUUGUUACAGAUAUACCAGACGGAGGUGACGUGGGCCAUGGAACUGAGGUGAUGGCGUACGAGAAGCCGCAGCCGACGGCGGGGAUCCACCGCAUGGCAUUCGUGGUGUUCCGGCAGGAGGUGCGGCAGGCCAUCUACGCGCCUGGGUGGCGCUCCAACUUCGUCACCAGGGACAUGGCCGAGUGCUACUGCCUCGGCGCUCCGGUCGCCGCCGCCUACUUCUACUGCCAGAGGGAGGGCAGCUGCGGUGGCCGGAGGUACAGGGGGUAG